AUGUACCCAAUAGCGUAUUUUAAUACACCGGACACGGCCACUGGAUUGAUUUUAUUCUGGGAAACCAGUAGCGGAAUAACCAUCAUCCACGGUCAAUUUAGUAGAGGAUUUAAGGACAGCGAAGAAGAUAUCAGUAUUAAAAUUUAUCGUGACAAUGAAGUGAUAUUUGAUAUUAAGCCCCGAGGUGAAAGUUUAGAUAAUCUUUUUAAGAUUCGACCAAAUGGGUCGACGGAUUCUUUCGUAUUUGUUGUCCCAAAAAGAUUGAUUAGAGAAGAACCCAAGAUCAUCGGAGCGUAUUUAGUUAUUGAGAGAAAGGAUGAUUUGAUUGCCAAAGAUCCUAUCAUCCUUUUGGAAGGUUACGUAUAA